AUGGAGCCGCUGGGCGCAUUUUCAAGUGCCGGCACCACCGCUGAUCUGUGCAAAAAGCUUCUCUUGCUCUGCGAGAAUGUCAAGAAUGCGGCAGCGGAGACCGACGAGCUACGGCGGCUCCUCACCAAUUUCCAAAGAAUCCUCACCAGCGUUGAAGAGAUGCGCAGUAGCCCCAAUAAUGCAAAGCUCAAGCAUACUCACCAGCUCGGCGACGCCAUUAGUGAAACUCAGUCACUAUUGCAACAUUUAGUUGACCAUCUCUCUCCCUCUUCAGAAACGGCUCACAGGAUACUGCGCAAGAUUAAAGGAAGCUCACUCAGGUGGCCCUUUGAGAAAAAUGACAUUCUCAAGAGGAUCAACAGCCUGGAACGAGCUAUUCUCGACAAGCUCCCUGUCGCAAGCGAUGCCUAUUUCGAUUCAUUCGACGAAAGCCGCAAAGCAAGGUGCCUUCCAGAUACACGAGUAGAUCUCCUUCAAGAUGUUUCCAACUGGGCCAAGAAUCCAGACUCGCAUGCCGUGUUUUGGCUCAAUGGCAUGGCGGGCACCGGCAAGUCGACCAUUUCUCGAACCAUUUCCGAAAUGUUUUCGAAUGAGAAUUGCCUCGGAGCCAGCUUCUUCUUCAAGAGAGGCGAGGCUGACAGAGGAGGACUGGCAAAAUUCUUCACAACAAUUGCUGCAGAUCUCGUACGCCGACAGCCAGUAUUUGCGACGCGAGUAAAAGAAGCGAUUGAAGCUGAACCCGGCAUAUCCAUGAAAUCAGCAUCGGACCAGUUCAAGGAGCUCAUCCUUAACCCUUUAUCUACCAUCCCUAAGAAUUCUGGCCAGGCGAGCCCCAUCGUCAUCGUGGUCGAUGCCUUGGAUGAGUGUGACCGGGAGAAAGAUAUCCAACUCCUCAUUUGGCUUUUUUCCCGCUCAUCACAACCAGGUUUUCCAAAGCUGAAGUUUUUCGUAACUAGCCGCCCUGAACUUCCACUCCGCCUAGGUUUCAAGAAGGUAGAGGGAACCUAUAAAGACUUGAUCCUUCACGAGGUGCCAGCCAGUAUCAUUGAGAACGAUAUGCUGAGAUUUUUGGAGCAUGAGCUUUUCAAUAUACGAAACGACUACAAUCUCUCAAGACCGGAUGACCUCAAACUCCCAGAAAGCUGGCCUAGCAGCUCCAACAUCGAGACCCUGGUGAAAAUGGCUGUUCCUUUGUUCAUUUUUGCGUCAACUACAUGCCGCUUCAUAGCUGAUCACAAGCAUGGUGACCCCCAGCGUCAGCUCCAACGAGUCCUUCAGUACGACACAAAGGCUCCAGGGUCGCGUCUUGACGCGACAUAUUUACCAGUCCUGGACCAACAGAUUGAUGGACUAUCAAAGAGUGAAGAGGCAGAAGUUGCUGAAGAAUUCCGAGCCAUUGUAGGCACAAUCAUCAUCCUUGCAAAUCCCCUCUCCAUCACUGCAUUAUCACGAAUGCUUGAUCUGUCCAAAGAAACCAUUUCCAAUCGCCUGGAGCUGUUGCACUCCGUCUUGGGCGUUCCGUCUUCCCUAACCAUGCCAGUACGAUUGUUGCAUCUUUCGUUUCGUGACUUUCUGUUGGAUCCAGAAAAGCGUGACAAAACCCCAUUGUGGGUAGAAGAAAGACAGGCCCAUGCUACAAUGGCUGAUCGCUGCCUGCGCUUACUCGGCAAUCUCAAGCCAGAUAUGUGUCAUCUCAAAUCUUCAAGCGUAUCAGCAGUGGACAUCCCACGCGAGACGAUCGACCGUCAUUUACCUCCCGAGCUACAAUACUCUUGUCUAUACUGGGUGAGCCAUGUAAAACACUCGAAAAUAAAGCUUGUCGAUGGAGGGCCAGCCAGCGAGUUUCUACUGCGGCAUUUUCUCCACUGGCUAGAGACACUGAGCCUCAUGGAACGUACUCGAGAAAUUAUUGGCUUGAUUCAAAUGCUUCAAACACUUGUAGAGCCAGAAACUGGUAUCAAGACAUUUGACUUCCUGAAUGACGCGAAACAAUUUGUGCGCACCCAUGCCUCAACAAUUGAGUCGUGGCCCCUCCAAACAUAUUCUUCGGCUCUUGUUUUUACCCCAUCGGACAGCGUAGUGAGGGCUCAGUUCAAAGACAGUAUUCCUUCAUGGAUACUAUUUCCGCCGCCAGUCGACAAUAGUUUGAAUCCGUGCACACUACUAAUAGAAGGGCGCAGCAAUUAUAUUGAAUGUAUGACUUUCUCGCAUGGCUCGACGUUGCUUGCUUCAGGAUCCAGGGACCACACGCUGAAAAUAUGGGACCUUGACACGGGCGAAUGUUUACAACAAAUGACUGGGCAUACAGGUGCUAUUUUAUCCGUGGACUUUUCGCACGAUUCAUCAAGGCUUGUGUCUGCUUCAGCUGAUCAUAGCAUUCGGAUUUGGCACACCGACACAGGAGAGUGCUUCAGAAUACUCGUCGGUCAUUCCGGUACCGUUGCAUCUGCAAUCUUUUCGCACGACUCGACUUUGAUAGCAUCAGGAAGCGAAGACUCAACUGUUAGAAUAUGGAACGAAGAGACUGGGGAGUGCAUGCAUGAGUUGCUGGGCCAUAAAGGCCCCGUGCCAACUGUCGCAUUUUCACGAGACUCAACACUUGUUGCAUCCGCAUCUCAAGACGGAAUCAUUCGCAUCUGGAGCACCAACAGUGGUGCGUGCGAGGCUAUUCUGCACCAGAAAGAGGACUAUCAUCCAUGGCUUAUGAUGUUCUCACCCGACUCAACGCGUUUGGCCAUCGUUUACGGCGACGGCGUCUUGCAAUACUGGAGAGUCGAUACGAAAAUUUGUGAAAGAAGAAUUCAGUUUGGAAACAGCAAUCUCAAGAUAACACACGCUGCGCUUUCGCACGACUGGAAGUAUUAUCUAUCCACCACCACGCUGGGGAAAACAUUGCUUUGGCGAAUAGAUACGGAGCAAUGUGUUCAUGCAUUCAACCCUCGUAUUGGUUUCAUCUCGUCGGUCGCCUUUUCACCAGAUUCGACGUGCUUUGCGUCGGCCUCAAUCAGUGGUGAAAUCGGCACGUGGGAUGUCGUGGACCAAGACCAAAACCAUCCGAUGGUUGAUCCAGCCGCCAUCGACACGCGCCCCAAUCGAAUCAAAUUCUCGCAUGACUCAUCCCUGGUUGCAACUACAAGUCUGCAUGGCAGUAUGAUAAUGGUAUGGGAUGCUAGAACUGGCUGCCCUGUCCAGAAACUGAGAUUUCCGGGAGACGCGUUAGAUGACAUGGUGUUCUCGCAUGACGGCUCACUUAUGGCCUCAGUAUCGCUUGGUUUCUCUCCCAAGCGACAUGUGUGUAUCUGGAAAAUGGAUACAGGUUUGUGUACGGACGUAGAGUACCACACAACGCCAUUGAUGGAUAGAGGGCGUUUCACAUUCUCCCAUGACUUGCAGUUCUUCGCUAUCAACUUUAGGGAGACAAUUUCCUUACGGGGUAUUGGCAAGAAGGGUUGGGAUCACACCAAUGAAUAUGGCCACUGGUUCUGUCAUGUUGUUUUUUGUCACGAUUCCGCAGUCUUGGGAGCUGCUACAACCACAGGUACAGUACUUUUGUGGGAGACAAGAACCGGUCAACUUAUUUACCAGUACUCUAUACCCGGAACCGAAAUCGAAUGCAUCGCAUUCUCUCACGACUUGGGACUCAUCGCUGUUGCCACGAAGGCAAGUCGCAUUCACAUUAUUCAUCGCGAUAACAACGAGCGUAUUCGCACGAUUGAAGCCGAAUCCGGAGAUAUUGACACACUAGCAUUUGCAUGCAAUGCUUCGUUUAUCGGUGCCAGCAUAGUAUGCAUCUUUGGGAUAUGGGUCGACAUGUACAUUUUGAUGGCAGCACGCAACAUAUCUCUACACACUCAGCUGCUGACAGUCAAAAGAGCGGACUGUACGAUGUAG